UCUGGCUCGACAGCAGGCAUCGGGUCACCAGGUAGGACAGCGGGCACUGGGUCACCAGGCAUCAGGUCAUUUGGCUCGACAGCGGGCACCGCGUCAUCUGGCAAGGCAGUGGGCACCGAGUCACCAGGCACAACAGUGGGCUCUGAGUCAAUUGGCACGACAGCGGGCACCGGGUCAUCAGGUACCGGAUCGUCUGGAUCGACAGCGGGCACCGGGUCAUCUGGCGUUGGAUCGUCUGGCUCGAUCAGUUCAUCAGGCUGGGUACAGACAUCAGGCUGGGUAGAGACAUCAGGCUGAAGUGUCUGCAAAUGAAUGGAGCAGCUGAGGACAGAGAAGAGCUGGAAGAUGGAACAGAGG